GCCCCAGCCGGCUCCCGAUUCUCUUCUCCCCGGCCCGUGGGUUCCACCUCGUUCUCGAGCGUGGCGCGCUCCGCCUCAGAGGGAGUGCGUGCGGGCUGUACCGUGCGGGACCCCGCCGGAGCCUCUGCCAGCGGCGAGCGGAAGCGGCAGCGGCUCGGGAGCGUGGCUGAGCGCGCACUGUGCGCAGGCGCGGACCCCGCUCGCCCCCGCCUGCUGGCGCCGCGGCCGAGGCCGGGCGUGAGGAGCGGCUGAGUGCGCCGCGGGCGGAUGGAGGCGCCUCCCCGCCGCGCCUGAGCCGGUGCACCGAAGGGGCCGCGGGGCCGCGCUCUCCCCGCCGGAGCCGCAGCAUGGUUGACUAUAUUGUGGAAUAUGACUAUGAAGCUGUACAUGAUGAUGAGUUAACUAUCCGAGUCGGGGAAAUCAUCAGAAAUGUGAAAAAACUACAGGAAGAAGGAUGGCUAGAAGGAGAACUAAAUGGGAGACGGGGGAUGUUCCCUGACAAUUUUGUUAAGGAAAUUAAGCGAGAGACAGAACCCAAGGAUGACAAUUUGCCCAUCAAACGGGAAAGGCACGGAAAUGUAGCAAGUCUUGUACAGCGAAUCAGCACGUAUGGACUUCCAGCUGGAGGAAUUCAGCCACAUCCACAAACCAAAGCUAUUAAGAAGAAGACAAAAAAGCGUCAGUGUAAAGUUCUUUUUGACUACUCUCCACAAAAUGAGGACGAGCUGGAACUGGCCGUGGGGGAUGUCAUUGAUGUCAUUGAAGAGGUAGAAGAAGGCUGGUGGAAUGGAACCUUGAACAAUAAGACGGGACUGUUUCCCUCAAACUUUGUGAAAGAAUUAGAGUUCACAGAUGAUGGCGAAACUCAUGAUGCUCAGGAGGAAUCAGAAGUUCCUUUGACUGGCCCUACCUCACCGUUGCCGUCUCCGGGGAAUGGGACUGAACCUGCUCCCGGAUCAGUUGCACAGCCAAAGAAAAUACGAGGAAUUGGAUUUGGAGACAUCUUUAAAGAAGGUUCUGUGAAACUUAGGACAAGAACUUCCAGUAGUGAAACAGAGGAGAAAAAAACAGAAAAGCCUUUAAUCCUACAGUCACUGGGCUCUAGAACCCAGAAUGUGGAAGUAACAAAACCAGACAUUGAUGGCAAGAUUAAAGCUAAGGAAUAUUGUAGAACAUUAUUUCCCUACUCAGGAAACAAUGAAGAUGAACUUACGUUUAGAGAAGGGGAGAUAAUCCAUUUGAUAAGUAAGGAAACUGGAGAAGCAGGCUGGUGGAAGGGUGAACUGAAUGGUAAAGAAGGAGUGUUUCCAGAUAACUUUGCUGUUCAGAUAAGUGAACUAGAUAAAGACUUUCCAAAACCAAAGAAACCACCUCCUCCUGCAAAAGGUCCAGCUCCAAAGCCUGACCUGUUAGCUGCAGAAAAGAAAGCUUUUCCUCUAAAGGCUGAAGAAAAAGAUGAAAAAUCACUGCUAGAACAGAAACCUUCAAAACCAGCUGCUCCUCAAGUCCCACCCAAAAAGCCCACUCCACCUACCAAAGCCAAUAAUUUACUGAGGUCUCCUGCAACAGUGUACCCAAAGCGGCCAGAAAAGCCAGUUCCUCCUCCACCUCCAACAGCCAAAAUUAAUGGAGAAGUUUCUACAAUUUCUUCAAAGACUGAUACUGAGCCAGUAUCAAAACCAAAGCUAGAUCCUGAACAAUUGCCAGUUAGACCAAAAUCAGUAGACCUUGAUGCCUUUGUAGCCAGGAACCCAAAAGAAACAGAUAAUGUAAAUUUUGAUGACAUAGCUUCCUCAGAGAACUUGUUACAUCUCACUGCAAAUAGACCCAAGAUGCCUGGAAGAAGAUUGCCUGGCCGCUUCAAUGGUGGACAUUCUCCAACCCAAAGUCCAGAAAAAUCCUUGAAGCUAUCAAAAGAAGAUGAUAGUGGUAGUAACCUAAAGCCUGUGGAGUAUAAAAAGGAUGCAAGCUACUCUUCAAAGCCAUCUCUUUCAACACCUUCAAGUGCUUCUAAAGUAAAUACAGCUGCUUUCCUAACUCCAUUAGAACUCAAGGCUAAAGCAGAAGCAGAUGAUGGGAAAAGAAAUUCCGUGGAUGAACUUAGAGCCCAAAUUAUUGAAUUAUUGUGUAUUGUAGAUGCACUGAAAAAGGAUCAUGGGAAAGAACUGGAAAAGCUACGCAAAGAAUUAGAAGAAGAGAAGGCCAUGCGAAAUAAUCUAGAGGUGGAAAUAGCAAAGCUGAAGAAAGCUGUUCUGCUGUCUUGAGGUGGUGUGGACCCAGUGUCCCAAUGCUUCAUGAAACUAACUGACUUGUUAAAAACAACAGACGCGGUAUUAUGAUGAAGAAAUAGAGGACAUGAACUGUGAUAUCUACCAAAAAGUUGGGGGUGACAGUUUUUUUUAAUAUAUAUAUAUAUAUAUUUUUUGUUUUGCCAAUUUAAAAAAAAAAAAAGAAGAGGCCUUAUUUCUUACUGUGCUGGGAUUGCAAACAUUUCUAUUGUUUGCUUGAAAAUACUACUGAAUCUGUAUAAAAAGGAAAGAAAGUUCAUAAUAGUUUUUUUAUUGAAACUUGUAUUAUUUUUAAAGAGUUCUAUACUAUAAAUAUCGUAAUGUCUUUACAAAUAAGCUGUAAGAUAAACUAUUUGAAAAGGACGGGUUAGCUUUAUAGUAUAGUCACCGCUUUCCUGUAAUGGAUAGGGCAUGAACUUAUAUACAUACACUACACCACACACACACCUAUACACACACACACACACACACACACACUCACACUCACACACACACUCACUCCUUUUAGCUUCUUAGCCAGGAUUACACUGUUGUGCCUGUUUGUCUGCAGUGCUGCUUGUACAUUGGGUGAUAAAAUAGGAGUUCCUAAUUACCAGGUUCCUCACCCAUGCAUAUUUACUCAUUAAUGAAAUAAUAACAAUAAAUCCAAGUUCUAGAGUGUUCUGUAAUGCUCACUAUAGGAUUCAUUAAAGAAAGUUAGUUAAACUGUAUUAGAUUAAGCUUGAGAAAAUAGGAGCAUUGUUGUAAGUUCAUGUGGCCCGAGAAAUCUAAAAAUGUCAUGCUAAUUCUUAUUUGUGCCUAGACAGUGCAGCACAUGUGGAAUAUGUAAACACCAGCCAUAUUGUUGUGUUCUUAUGCUCUUUCUACAGUCUUAAAUAUUACUCAGUUCAUUAUCUCUAUUUAAUUCAUUUUACCCUUCCUUUAAUUUUCACUAAUGAUAAUCUUAGGAAACAAAGCCUCUAAACCCAGAUAUUUUCAAAAUUCCAGAAUGAGUUCUAUAUUUGGAAAGCUAUUGGGUAAACACUCAGGUUUUACAGACGUAAUUUAUUUAAUAGAACAUACUAAUUUCUAGAGAUAUUUUGGACUAUUACUUAGGUAAAGUGAAAAAGAGUAUUAGUAUUUCACAAGUAGUAAUAGACGUUAUGUAAACCAAAUGUAAUUGACCACAUUGAAGAUCAUUCCAUAAUGGAUGCUGAGCUAUUUCCUUAGCAUCACAAUCAACAGCUGAACGUCUUAGGCUGGCUCAACCACUUGCAGGGUGGAAUGGCUACAGACCAGGUGAACAUAAAAAUGGUAUCUGUAAGGCAACAUGUCUGAAAACACAAAGGUUAAUUUUAAAAAGUGAAAUGUUUUUAUUUGUUAAAAAGUUAGGCUUUAAGCUUUACUUUAGAAAAUGAAUGUCAGAUCGUAAGUUAUGUUCUUAAUACCUUUUCUUUACACUUUAAUCUUAAAGUAGAAAAAUGUCAGAUUUCUUUUGUUGCUUCAACUAAAAUAGAACUGAAGUAGAAAAUAAUAGAAUUGCAAACACAAAAUCACACUUGAUUAGAUUCUGGGGAAAGAAAAUUGUACAUAGAGUGUACAUUUUAGGUUUUUUGAUAUAGGGACUUAUAUAUCCCAGGCUGGACCUAACCUUGUGAUAUAGCAAAAUGGUCUUAAAUUUCUGGUUUCCCUGCCUCUGCCUCCCAAGUGCUAGGAUCAGUGUGCCUAGCCUUUUUAACCAUUUCAAGUCUGAGCUCAUCUAAUGAGAGGUUAUUGAUGAACAAAAUUGCUCCAUUUUAAGUGAUAAGUCAAUGAAGUAUUUGCUUCUUAUUAAUGUAAUGACAGUCCUCAGAUGACAGUGGCCUCACCCUAAAAAUCAUUAUCUACUUUCCCCACAUUCUAGAAAUUAUCUCCUACAUUCCCAUUGGAAGGUUUGACUCCAGCCACACUGCUGGGAGGGAAAGCUCUAACAGUUGAAACUGUGUUCUUUUUCCAAUGAAGGUUAUUUUAAUAAAAAAGUAACAUACACAUUCAACAGUAGGCGAGUGACUAUACUUUCUGGACAAAUAUGUAGUCAUAGAAACUAGUUAAAAUGUAAGAAAUUAGAAAAGCAUAUAACAGAAAAAUGAAUUUAUGUUUUAUAAACUCAAAGAAAUUAUAGACACUACUCCUUAUUGCAUACUAAAUUUUCAUUUGCAGUUUGGUUUCUUUCUGACCUAUUAUGUGUCACUGACCUGAUUGGUGACUUGUAAGCUACUAAAAGAUUUAUUUGAGCCAUGUGUAGUGAUGGCAUGCCUGUAACUUGGAGAUUGAGGGAGGGAAAUGAGUUUGAGGCCAGCCUGUGCUGCAUAGAGAGGGGUCCUAUAUCCACAAGAAAGGAAGCAAUGUUCCUUUGGUGGUGGUAGGUAUGUUUUACUAGUCCACACAAUCAGAAUAGCAGUGAGUCAUCUCUACAUGCUUUUAUCUUCUCAGUCAGAACAGAGAAGUCAUACUGUCUGUGUUCUAUGUGUCUACUUUCUGCCUUUUAAGAAAUAGUUGAGAAAAACAAACAAGCUUGAACGUCUUUAAAGGGAAAAACAAUUCCUUUCAAAUAGUAAUUUGCCAGUAUUUGCCCUUAGUAUGGGAACUUUUACUAUUUCUAAAGUUAAAGUCAGAAAAUGAUUAAUAGCAACAACAACAACAACAACAGCUUUACUUAGAGGUAAAUCCCCUUUUCCCCAAUUUUAAUAUAAAAGACAGCAUUGAAUCUGUCAUUGCCAAAUUAUUAGUGAAUGUAUAGUUCAGAUUUGCUGGUCUUUGAAACACAGUACUACUGAGUUUCUAAUGGGAAAUCAAUGCUAUUUGGUGUGCUUGCGACCACUAAGCUUGCUCCUUACUAUAAAGGUAUCCUCUGUACAACUGUGCAGGACUUCACAGGAAAUCAGAAGAUGCACAGAGAGAACGCUGGUCUGCACAGAGGACUCCUCACACUCCUCACUGGGAUCACAGACAAGAAAGACGCUCGAAGUGCUCUGUUGAUUUUUUGAUGAAUGUUUUAUGCUUGCAUUUAAACUUGAAAUGUAUGAGCAGAAUGAGACAAUCUUUACAAUCAGAACUGAGAAGUGUUACAAUUGAAUAGCCUUGUGCUGUAGCAAUAAAAUGACCAAGUGCAAUGACUUUAAUAAAAUCAUCUUUCAAACGUU